CUGAGAUUGAAAAAUUUGCCAACUUUGAUUGGGAUGAUUCGGCUGAUGAGGAAAAUGAAGAAGAAGAAGAUCGAAAUAUGGACGAGAUUAUAGAAAAAGCUUUGCAAAAUUUGGAUAACAGAGCAGAAAAUGUUGGUUUGAUUGAUGAAAAUUCAAGUGAAAAUAAUCACGUUGUAGAGGAGGUGAUGGAAAAAAUUGAUUUGAAGAGUUUGAAGUGGAGGAAUGCAGAGUUUAUGGAAAGCGAGACCACUUGGAAAAGUAAAUUAUGCAAAAAUGCGGUAAAAACACCCAUCGAAUAUUUUAAAACUUUCUUUGCGGAUGAACUAUGGGAGAAAAUAUGUCAGGAAACGAAUCUAUAUGCCAUGCAAACGAAGGGCAUAGAAUUGAAAUGCACUGUGCCUGAAAUAAAAAGGUUUGUUGGCAUACUUCUUUACCUUGCAGUUGUGAAAAUACCAGCUUAUAGAAUGGCGUGGGCGACAAAUUUCAAACUAGCCGCCGUUGCAAAUGCAUUGCCGAGAAACAGAUUUGAAAAAAUUAAACAGUUUUUUCAUUUGAACGAUAACUCUAAACAGUCUCAGAAGGGAACUCAUGAAUACGACAAGUUGCACAAGGUUCGCCCUCUGUUGGACGCCAUAAAAAAAAAAUUCAAUGAAAUUUCGCAAGAAGAAUUUCAAAGUAUAGAUGAGCAAAUGAUUGCAUAUAAAGGUCAACAUAGUUUAAAACAAUACCUUCCAAUGAAGCCCCACAAGUGGGGUUUCAAAAUGUUUACGAGAGCUGGUGUAUCUGGGAUUAUUUACGAUUUUACGCUGUACAUUGGAGAAGGAACGUGCAAGACUUAUGGCUUGGGCAUUUCAUCAGAUAUAGUGCUAUCUUUAUCAUCCAAUCUACCAGUAAACCAAAAUUUCAAACUGUUUUUUGACAAUUGGUUUUCGUCAAUAAGCUUGAUGAUUGCUCUGAAAGAGAAAGGCAUAUUAGCCGUUGGUACAAUUAGAAGCAACCGAUUGAAAAAUUGUGCUCUAAUCAGUGAAAAGGACCUUCAAAAACGAGGACGAGGAUCAAGCGAUUUCAAAUAUGAAGCAACGCACAACUUGAUUGCUUGUCGUUGGUAUGAUAAUAAGAGCGUACAAUUAGUUUGACAACCCCAUGAGUGAAUGCAACAGAUGGUGCCGCAAAGAGAACAAGUUUAUAACUAUACCUCGUCCAGGUAUAGUUGAA